CUUGCCCUGCAAGACGUUUUCUAUUGCUUUAUUCCUCUUCCUUGCAUAAGACCACCAUGUACCGCCACGUGGCCUUCUUCAACCUCUGAAUCCAUUUCUCAAAAACCUGAUUCCCCUCAUUCUUCUUCUUCAAUUUCCACCAUGAUCCUCUCUAUCUCUUCCCCUUUCUCACUCCUCUCUUUCAUCCUAUUCUUCGCCUCUCCUCUCAUCGCCGCUCCUGAGCCAGCCACCAUCUACGAUCAUCUGCAUCGUCAUGGCCUCCCCAUUGGCCUCCUCCCCAAGAACAUUACCAGAUUCUCAAUCGACUCUUCCACCGGCCGUUUUCAGGUCUUCCUCGACCAGCCCUGCAAUGCCAAGUUCGAGAAUGAGGUUCACUAUGAUUUCAACGUCUCCGGCAGGCUCGCCUACGGCCAGAUCGCUGAAUUGGCUGGAAUUUCUUCGCAGGAGCUCUUUCUUUGGUUUCCUGUUAAGGGAAUUCGUGUCGAUUUGCACACCUCUGGUGUAAUACAUUUCGACGUCGGCGUUGUUGACAAACAGUUCUCUCUUUCUCUGUUUGAGUCCCCGCCUGAUUGCACUGCGGCUGAUCCGGUUGAUCAAUCCGUCGCGUUGGAUGGAGUUUCUCUCGGUUUGGAUGGGGCGUUUUCAUGAAUGAAGCACAGAAUCUUCAGCUUGAAGACGGGGAACUAAGGGCAACAUCAUAGAUUUAGCAAUAAAGAAAUAUCGUGGCAAGAGUCUGGCUUUGGUGGCCUGGUAAAUUUUCUCUACUACUUGUGGACUGCUUUUAUUUUGUAUAGUCUUUGUUUCCUGAUAGUCCUGUCUGAUGGGGAAAGGAGGCUAAAAUAGCUCACAGAAGUAUUUAGCCUCCAAUCCUUCCAAGUAGAAUUCUGAAUUUGAGGGAGGGAGAUUGUUGUAGAAAUAUUUAGCCUCCAAUCCUUCAAAUCUAUACUAUUAUCUGAGUUUAAGUGAGGGGGUUGUUGCAAGUUUCUUUUUAAUCGCUCUAUGAAGUAUAUUACUGGUUCUGGCUGUGAUUGGUUUUGGCUACUCGCAUAAAGAAGUGUUGUUUUUGUUGUCUUGCCCUUAUAGCCAUAAAAGCUUUGCUUGUAAAUGCACAUUGCAAAAGUGAUCUUUUAGUAGCUAAAGAGGAUUCACAUGUAUCUUA